AAUGCUUACUUACGCUGGGUAAAAUUCAAAGCAACCUAGCAGAAGCCACCACCACGGCCGUUAUCACGUCAAGAAAUCUAAGAUGCGUUACGGGAAGGAAACACGUACUUCAAAACUCAGUAGUGGGAUUGUAAGCGGAGUAACACACGCAACCGCACAACAAAAAUAAACCUUUUACCUUUGGGUUGGAGAAAGAGCCACUUAAGUUUAUGUCCUGCAGAAAAAUCUCAAAACGGACGGAAUAUCGAGAUUAAUGCUUGUGAAAUUUUAAAGAAUAAAUAUUCCAAGACAAACAUUUGUCUUAUUUUUGCGGUAAUUUCUGAAUUCACAACCAAUUUCCAAUAAAAAGUUCAACUCAAAACAGAAAUGGUUGGAUCUGAGUUCAAAGGUCAAGGACGUUGGGUUGCAUAAUUACAAGCAUUGAAUCAAGUGUUGUGCUUGUCUUUCAACAUUCUCCAGUAUUCACUAAAGUCUGAAUAUGUUAAACAAGCUCAGUCAUCUUCAAAGAUGUUUCUCCAAAAUUUCUACAGCUUUUCAUUGUUUAGCCUCCAGACAAAAACACACACUGCCUGAUCUUCCUUUUGACUAUGGUGCAUUGGAGCCACACAUUAGUGCGGAAAUAAUGCAGCUGCACCAUAACAAGCAUCAUGCUACCUAUGUUAAUAACUUAAAUAUCACAGAAGAGCAGUAUGCUGAGGCUUUGGCCAAAGGUGAUGUGACAACUCAAGUGGCUCUGCAACCAGCACUGCGAUUUAAUGGUGGAGGUCAUAUUAAUCACUCAAUUUUCUGGACAAAUCUGUCUCCUAAUGGUGGAGGAGAACCUGCAGGUCUAAUUCCCCUUCUUGGAAUUGAUGUGUGGGAGCAUGCGUACUAUCUGCAAUACAAGAAUGUACGGGGUGACUAUCUAAAAGCCAUCUGGAAUGUUAUCAACUGGGAGAAUGUAGGAGAGAGACUGAAAGCUGCCAUGAAAUGAGUAGUAUUUUAAAAAAUGUUUAUCAAAUCAAGUUUGUUAAACAGUUUUCAGCUUUCUGCUCCAUGUUUAAAUCAUUAAAUAUUUGAAAACAUCCAGA